GCGCAGCCAUUGCGGGCAGGCCCCGCGCUGCGGCCCGGUCCGUCCGCCCCGGCGGCCCCGGGGACAUGGUGCCGGGAUGGCCCGGCCCGCCGAGACCUUCCCGCUGCACCGGCUCGUCUGGCACAACCGGCACCAGGCGCUGGACAGCGCCCUGCGCGCGGGGACGCACGACGUGGAGCUGACGGACCCACGUGGCCGGACGCCCCUGGAGCUGGCCGUGUCUCUGGGCCACCUGGAGUCAGUGCGGGUGCUGCUGCGGCACAACGCCAACGUGGGCAGGGAGAAUGCCAAUGGAUGGACGGUGCUGCAAGAGGCGGUGAGCACGGGGGACCCCGAGAUGGUGCAGCUGGUGCUCCAGUACCGUGACUACCAGCGGGCAACGCGGCGCCUUGCCGGCAUCCCCGAGCUGCUCAGCAAGCUGCGGCGGGCAUCCGACUUCUACGUGGAGAUGAAGUGGGAGUUCACGAGCUGGGUGCCCCUGGUGUCCAAGGUGUGUCCCAGUGACGUGUACCGCGUGUGGAAGCGCGGCGAGAGCCUGCGGGUGGACACCACCCUGCUGGGCUUCGAGCACAUGACGUGGCAGCGCGGCCGCCGCAGCUACAUCUUCAAGGGGGAAGACGAGGGGGCCGUGGUGAUGGAGGUGGACCACGACAAGCAGGUGGUGUACACGGAGACGCUGGCGCUGGCCCUGCACGAGCCCGAGCUGCUGCUGGCGGCCAUGCAGCCCACUGAGGAGCACGUGGCCGGGCGGCUCACCUCUCCCAUCGUCUCCACACACCUGGACACCCGGAACAUCGCCUUCGAGAGGAACAAGUCUGGGAUCUGGGGCUGGCGCUCAGAGAAGAUGGAGGUGGUCAGUGGCUACGAGGCCAAGGUGUACAGUGCCAGCAACGUGGAGCUGGUCACCAAGACCAGGACAGAGCAUCUCUCUGACCAGGACAAGUCACGCAGCAAAGGCUCCAAGACCCCCUUCCACUCCUUCCUGGGCAUCGCACAGCAGCACGGCACCCACAAUGGGACACCUGUCCUGCAGGCUGCCAGCCCCACCAACCCCACAGCCAUCACCCCCGAGGAGUACUUUGACCCUCACUUUGACCUGGAGACCCGCAACAUCGGGCGCCCCAUCGAGAUGUCCAGCAAGGUGCAGAGGUUCAAGGCGACGCUGUGGCUGUGCGAGCAGCACCCGCUGUCGCUGGCGGAGCAGGUGACGCCCAUCAUCGACCUCAUGGCCAUCUCCAACGCCCACUUCGCCAAACUCCGCGACUUCAUCACCCUUAAGCUGCCCCCUGGCUUCCCCGUCAAGAUCGAGAUCCCACUGUUCCACGUGCUCAAUGCCCGCAUCACCUUCAGCAACCUGUGUGGGUGUGACCAGCCCCUGGGCUCCGUGCGGAUCUGUGCCCCUCAGGAGCCCUCCGGCGCCCACCCCCCUGGCACCCAGCCCUCCGGGCCCAGAGCAUGGCCGUUCCCGUGCGAGGUGGAGGCGGGCGUGUUCGAGGUGCCGGCGGGGUACACGGUGCUGGGCGCAGGGCGCAGCGAGCCCCUGCGGGACGAGGACGACGAUCUGCUCCAGUUCGCCAUCCAGCAGAGCCUGCUGGACGCAGGCACCGAGACCGACCAGGUGACCAUCUGGGAGGCGCUGACCAACACCCGCCCUGGCGCGGAGCCGCCGCCCUACGAUGAGGACCUGCAGCUGGAAAGGGCCCUGCAGGAGAGCAUGCUGCUGCAGGCCGGGCCCAGCGCUGAGCCCCCGGCUGCCGGGAGCCCCCCCGGAGCAGGCGGUGGGAGCCCCCCGGGCCCCCCCGGCUACGGCAGCUUCGCGGAGCAGCUGCGCCUGGCCAUGGCGCUGUCGGAGCGGGAGCAGGAGGAGCGGGAGCGGCGGCGGCGUGAGGAGGACGAGGAGCUCCAGCGCAUCCUGCGCCUCUCCCUCACGGAGAAGUAGCGCCCCGGGGCGCUCCAUGCCGGCACAGGGACGUCCCACGCGGGGACGGGGUGUCCCAUGUGGGGUCACCCCAUGCACGGACCCAGAUGUUCUGCGUGGGGACGCCCCUUGCAGGGAUAGGGACACCCCACCCGGGGGACACCCCAGUGUGGGCACUGUCCCACACCGGGAUGCCCCAGCGCGGGCGCAGCCCUGCCUGGGGAGCAGCCGGUGGUGCCGAGAUGGCCCCCCCACGAUGGCGACCCCCCUGAUGUGGGCACAGCCCCCGCACAGGGAAUUUGAUCCAGGGAUCCUCCUACCCCCGGGACCCCCAGUCCAGGGCUCUUCUCCCACCAGGCUGAAACCUCAGCCCAGGGACCCUCACCUGGGGACCCCCCUCCUCUUUGGUGUUGGACUGUGACCCCAUGGGGGGCAGGACGGACCUGUGGGUCCCCAUGGGAUGCAGAUGACCCCUAUUUUAAGGCACUGCAGUGUGAGGAGGACUGCUGGGGGACCCCCAGGCCUCAUCCUUUGGGGCAGUGGGGGGCAGAAGGGCCCCAAAUGUCUGUACAUAUACAUAUAUUAUAUAUAUAUAUAUAUACACACAC